AUGGACGCCCAUCACCAGCACUGCCCGGGAGCGUACUCGGAAGACGGCGACGACUCCGACUUCGACGAGGCCUAUCAGCGCUUCGCGGCCUCACGCGCAGACUACGACGAUCCCGAACUGCGUCCGUAUAAGGUCAAGGUCGUGCAGUAUGGCCACGUCCCAGCGGUCAAGCGGGAGAGGCACGCCACCGCAGCGCUCGAGUCGGACCACACAGAGAGCGCUCCCGCCGCCGGCGCACGGCUGGAUCAUGCCGCAGACGCUACUUCGCAGUCCUACAGCGGCUGCAUGCGGUCAGCGGCGCCCGCUGGGAUGUCGGAGCGGGCCAGGGGCAAGCAGCGCAGUCGAGAGGUCGCCGACGCCGACCAUGGCAGUCUUGCUCAGGGGACAUCGCCUCGCUCGACACACGCGGCCCUCCACGCGCUCCAAUCGCCUUGGUACAUGGACGCGGAACUGCCUCCAUUCGGUCAUUCGGCGGCGCUGCUGGAGUUCCCGUACUCCUACGUUGGGCCGAGCAGAGAAACGGACUGGCGCUGGUACGGACCGACUGCCGGGAUCGCAGUCGAAGAGCCUGAGGUGGGCAGGGAGCAUGCGGGCGACGGCUACAGUUCAGCCGCACAGUCGCUUUCCAAGAGACCAGGCGUGCGCCUCGAGAGCCUACCACAGACGCUCCGGCGCGGCCAGGGCAGGCCCAGCGAGGCGACACAUCACCAGCGCCCGACGUACGACAAGCUCGCAGCACCAGAUGCCGACACUGACCUCGCCAUCGCGCCCAAGUCUGCAGCAGAUGCCGACUCUCCUCGCCUCGACAUCGACGAGGAACACAGAAGGACACCUAGUCGUCGAGAUCGCAUGUCGCGCGCGCGGUCCGUCGCAGUGUGCCGCUCCAAGGCAGCCACUCUGAAGCGCGCGCGCAGUGUCGGUGCCUCUCUGCUCGCGCUCGGACCAGCCGCUUCGGUCGACGUUGUCCCGCCCGCUGUACACAAGAGAGGGAGAGGGCGCCCGCGCAAGUACCCUCGACGUGACUCUCUGCCUCCGUCCAAGCCUGUCGAUUCGCCAGCGCCCUCGUCGCCUGCGGCCUCGCCGACUGAGCCCGAAGUCGAGCUGCUCGAACUCUCUGAACCGCAGCCACGCUUCCCCGACAUCCACACCCUCUGCGUCGAUCAGGCGCGCCGUGUUGCAUGGAUGCUUUCUCGCCUCUGCCAGCAGAGCGACGAGGCCGCUGCUGCGACUCAGGCCAACUCGAAGCCUUCGCCGCGGGCGAACGAGGCCGGAACUGCACCGAGGGUUGGCGGCGCUUCCCACCUCGCAAGCUCCUGGGCAAGAUGGACGUCCACCACGGCCGACACCAUCGUGACCGCGAUGGAGCCCGCCGGCUCGACCGCGUCUGGGAGGGGUCACCCUGAAGAGGCGGGCGCAAUGAGCACGGAAAGGCGACGAGAAGACCAGCUCGAGCUGGCGACAGCCACAAUCUCUCUCACCGAAGACGCGCGACAGGGCCUCGAGUACUCGGCUCUGCUGCGCUCCCAGUUUCGCUCGCGCCGUCAGCACGACUUUCUCGUCGACUUUGACGCUCUCGAUGACCUCUACGCUCGACCACCGUCCUUUGUUGCCAAAACGGCGGGGUCCAACCCGACGUCGUUUGCCUUGUGGCCACCGUCAGCCGGCCUCACUGCGAGCGAGACGGAGCGUGCCACCGAGGUGGACCAAAAGCAGCGCAAGCAGAUGCACCGGCUCUAUACCAGGGUUUGGCGCCUAAAACAGCGGAAGCCUCUCGACGAUCGUAAGCUGUGGAUGCACUGGAUGCGGCGUCAGCAGCAGCAGCAGCAGCAGCAGCAGCGGCAAGCGAUCGGCGACACCUCGGUCGCCGUCGAACCAGGGACGCCACCCCCGCCAGAGACGACAACGAUCAAGACCACAAGCGCGAGAGGGCCUCCGUAUCUACGACGCAAUCUGCGCGCGUUUGCCCGCUUCGAGCCCGGCUUCGCCGCGCACACCGCCAUCAGCCGGCCCGAAGAGGGGCCAGAGCGACCGCAUCCUUUCUUGGCCCGAGCAGGCUGA